GGUUAAGGAUUUGCAGCAGAUUCCAUAUAGACCACAAAGCCUGAGAUGUUUACUGUCUGGCCCUUUACGGAAAAGGUUUGCUGAUCCCUGACAUACAAUGGAGGACGCCUACUAAGACCUCUCAACCCUGGCGCUGAUGUCAUGAACCUGUACGUAGAUCAAGAGGCAGUCGUUCAAAUGAAACAAGGGGAUACUGCAUGGUUUAGAAUCAAGACUGUGAAUCUCAGCUUAAACCCAAACAGUCAGCUUUCAUGCAGGAUAUUUGGGAGGAGAAUCAUCUCAUGAUGUGCAGAUGGUCGCGGGUACUGGCAAGCUUCUCCUCACCACUCACCCUCAUCAGGAGUAGAUAGCCUGGAAGGGAGACGCCAUGAGUUUAAUUGCAGUGAGAUGGGUUUCCGGAGGAACUUGAACUUGGACUUUGCACAAGAGAACUCACAGAAGAGAGGACCAUUUUGAUCGUGAAGAGUGUGGGAAUGUUGUCAGGGAUCCCUCACCCUUUGCGGGGACAAAUGAGACCUACCUCAGAAGGAAGCCCUUAUGUCUGGUGUUGGUGCGGGAAAGCUGUCAGAGCUGGCUCCUGGGCUGGGGUUCUACCUGAAGAUGCAGACUGGGCCCUCAGUGGGAGAGAGGGGAGCACCUUCAACUGAGGAGGACCCGCCAGCUCUGCCGCAAGCGCCUUGGUCUUCUGGAUACAUGGGACGGAAGGUGCCGGUGCAGACCCAGAGUGUGGCGAUGCCUGUGCUGGGCCUCUCUGACCUGGGGGUGUCUGGGUAUGCUGCACUACCUGCUCAGGACCCAGACUGGCUGCAGCAGGAGAGCGCAGAAGAAGUGAUGGCUCCUGGGUUGCUGCAUACCUGUUCACAGGAACCAGUAACCUUCGAGGACGUGGCCGUGGUGUUUACCCAAGAAGAGUGGGUGUUUCUCGACUCUGCCCAGAGAAACCUCUACAGAGAAGUGAUGUUGGAGAACUUCAGAAACCUGGCCACAGUGGGAUAUCAACUCUGCAAACCUAAUAUGUUUUCCCACUGGGGGCAAAGAGGAGAACUGUGGACCACUGAGAGAGGAUUCUUCUGGGGAAUAUGUCCAGAACCUCAGCUUCAACUCCAAGAGUCAGUUUCUAACCAAGAUAUUUUUGGGGAGAUCCCAUCUUUUGGCGUAAGAAGGUACCAGAGAAUUCAUACUGGCAAGGACCCCUAUGAAUGUAAAGAAAGUGGACAGUCAUUCUUCCAGAGCUGCCACCUGAUCGUGCCUGAGAAAAUUUGUAGUGGAGAUAAAACCUAUGCAUGCACCAAAUGUGAAAAAUCAUUCAGAUACAGCUCUGACCUUACUAGGCAUGAAAAAACUCAUACUUCAGAGAAGUUCUUUGAAUGUCAAGAGUGUAGGAAAGCCUUUAAGUAUUCCUCAAAUCUUCGGCGACACAUGAGAAUUCAUACUGGAGAGAAGCCCUUUGAAUGCAGUCAGUGUGGGAAAACUUUCACAAGGAACUUUAACCUGAUUUUGCACCAGAGAAACCAUACAGGAGAGAAACCCUAUGAAUGUAAGGAUUGUGGGAAAGCUUUUAAUCAGCCAUCAUCUCUUAGGAGUCAUGUGAGAACUCACACUGGAGAGAAACCCUUUGACUGUAGUCAGUGUGGGAAAGCCUUCAGGGAGCACUCAUCGCUGAAGACACAUAUGCGGACACACACUAGAGAGAAGCCUUAUGAAUGCAACCAGUGUGGGAAACCCUUCCGGACAAGCACUCACCUCAAUGUGCACAAGAGGAUACACACUGGGGAGAAACUUUAUGAGUGUGGUACUUGUGGUCAGGUCUUGAGUCGUCUCUCAACUCUUAAGAGUCACAUGCGCACUCACACCGGAGAGAAGCCCUAUGCAUGUCAAGAAUGUGGGCGAGCCUUUAGUGAGCCCUCAUCCCUUAGGAAACAUGCAAGAACUCACACCGGCAAGAAGCCCUACAUGUGUCAGGAAUGUGGGCGGGCCUUUGGCCAGUCUUCACACCUUAUUGUACAUGUGAGAACCCAUACUGCAGGGAAACCAUAUGCGUGUAAUCAGUGUGAGAAAGCCUUCCGGCACAGCUCUUCACUUACCGUGCACAAAAGGAUUCACGGUGGGAGAGAAGAUGUGAGGAAUAUUGGCUUGCCUUUAUCAGUGUCUCAUCCGUAUGGUGGGCCCUUUGCUAGUUAAGUUCCAAUUUUUUAAAAAUAUAAAUAUUUGGGGCAAUAAAUUUCCCUCUUAGUACUCUUUUAACAUCAGAUGUUUUGAUAUAUUUUUUAUUUUGGUUUAAUUCUAAAUGUUAUCUUAAUUUCCAUGAUCAUUUAUUCUUUGACUCAUGAAGUAUUUGGAAUUAGAGUUUUAAAUAACAAUAUAUGGAUUUAUUUUUAUUGAGGCAUAAUUAAUUUACAGCAAAAUGCAAAACCUUGAAUGUACAGUUGUAUGAGCCUGUCAGAUGUAAACAUACGUAUAUGUAACCAACACCCCACUCAAGAUAUAGAACAUUUCUGUGAUUCUGGAAAGUUCCCUGCAUGCGUAUGGAUGUUUUUUAGCUGCCUUUUUGUUACUGGUUUCUAAUUACACUGUGAACAGAGUAUGUGGUCUUUAUGCUGUUGAAUCUUAGAUAUUUGUUGAAUUUCUUUUUUACUCUACAGUGGCACAUACUGCUGGUUGUCUCCCCAGGUUGCCCCUUAUUCUUUACAAAGGUACCUGGGUUUUUUGCUCAGGUUGGUAACGUGCACCGUUAUAAAACCUUCACCUCCCAGCCCUUCUUGCAGCCAGGAGAGGCCGUGCGUCCCCCAGUGCUGGUCAGUAUGACUAUGAGAAGUCACUGGCUGUGGCUCCUCGGAGUGCUGUACCAAAGGAGUGGUUUCAUUUAGCUUGAUCCUGCAUGUCUUACAUUUUGUAACAACACACACAAUGUUCAGAGCUAGAGGAGCCAUCUUGUGACCAUGAACGUGAAAGCCACAGGCUAAGGACAGAGUGGCCAGAAGACACAAUGAUUCUGGUUCCCUAGGGGGUAUUUUUGUGUGGCUGCACCAGUCCUGGGCUGUUCAUUUCUGAUUGUCUUGUUAACAUGGGAAAAAAAACAAAACACUUCUUACUGGGAGAACACACCAUUUUUUGGGGUGGUAGUUGGUGGCAGGGGCAGAGGUGUUAUUAAAGCUGAAUGCAGUCCCUAACUGACUCACUUAGUAUAUAACCCAUUGCUGUCAAGUCAAUUCCAACUCAUAGGGGCCCUAUAGGACAGGGUAGAACUGCCCUAAAGGAUUUCCAAGGAGCACCUGGUGGAUUUGAACUGCCGAACUUUUGCUUUGCAUUCAAACUCUUAACCAGGGUUUCCACUUAGUAUAUCAUCAGUUUUUAAUAAAAGUUUCAUGUGUGUUUGAAAUCAAUGUAUGUUUUCUACAGAUGUCUGGUAGAUUAAGCAUACUAUUCAUGUUUAACAGCCUACAAGUUUAUAAAUAUUGGUCUCUGAUCUAUCAUUUACUGAGAAAAGUAUGCUAAGCUCUCCUACCAUGAUUAUGAUUUGUUGAAUAAUCUUCGUAAUUAUGCCAAUUUUUAAAUUUACAUAUUUUGAAGCAAUGUAAUUAAAUGGAUAACCAUGACAUUUUAUACAUUUCCAGCAAAUUAUUACUUUUAUUCUUAUAAAGUGACCAUCUUUCUCCCUAGCAAUGAAUAUUCAACCAUUCAUCAUCAUAAUAGCAAAUACUUAUUUACAGCUUACUAUUAAUAGACAGUUGGGUUCAAAAUGUGCUGUUGGCAAAGAAUAGUGAACAUACUGUGAACUGCCAGAGGAACUAACAAAUCAGUCUUAGAAGAAACACAGCCAGAAUGGUCCUUAGAAGUGAGGAUGGUGAGACUUGCUUACUUUGCACAUGUCAUUAGGAAAGACCAAUCACUAGAAAAGGACAUCAUGUUUGGUUAAGUAGAGGUGCAGUCAAAAUGAGGGAAACCCUCCCUCAGUGAGAUGGAUUGACACAAUAGCUACAACAGUCAACACAAACAUACCAAUAAUCAUGAAGGUAGUGCAGGACUGAGCAGUGUUUUCGAUACAUGAGGCCACCACGAGUUGGAGCCACUUGAUGGCAACUAACAACAACUAGAUAGUAGCCCCUGCCCUAAGCUUUGCAUCUUUUGAGUUGUUUAGUCUGCACAAUGGCACCUUGAGGUUGUCACUCUUAUUAUUCUCAAUAUAUAGAUGAAUCUGAGGUGCAUCAAGUUGAGGUAGGUUUCCCAAGGUCACUUAGGUAGUAAGUGGCAGUGUCAGGAUUUGAAGCCAGGCUGUCUGACUGCAAGGUCCAUGCUCUCUGCUUCUACUCUGCCUCACUUCAAUGGGCUACUCUCCAUUCUUACCUACUUGCCUAGAGUUCUUUUUUUGUUCUUGACUUUUGAAAAAUUGAUGUGUAACUUACACAAAACUGCAUAAAUCUUAGUGUACAGCUUGCUAAACUUUAUGUCUGUACCCAUUUAACCACCACCCAGAUCAAGAUAUAAAAUACUUCAUCAUUCCAGAAGGUUUCCUUUUACCCUUUCCCAGCCAAUAACCCUUCUGUCACAAUAGAUUAGUUUUUCUGUUCAUAGAAAUGGAACCAUAUAGUAUGGCCUCUUGUGUCUGUUUUUUUUUCACCCCAUUUAAUACAGUGUGAGAUUUAUCUCUUGAAUCUAUCAGUAGUUUAUUCUUUUUUAUUGCUGUCUAGUAUUCCAUUGUCUGAAUAUACCACAAUUAAAAAGAUCCAUUCUUUUGUUUAUGGUCAUUUGGGUUCUUAACAGCUUUUGCUAUUAUGGAUAAAGUUGGUGUGAGUGUUCUUGUGCAAGUCUUAUUGUGGACAUGUAUGCUCAUUUCUCUUGGGUAUAAACCUAGCAGCAGAAUUGCUGGGUCACUGGGUAGACAUAUCUUCAGCUCUAGUAGAUACUGCCAAAUGAUUUUCCAAAGUGGUAGAAAGAAGUUAUACUUCCAUCAUCAGUGAAAGAAGUUUCAUUUGCUUCACACCCUUGUCAAUGCAUGGUAUUGUCAGCUAAUAUAAUUUUAACUAUAAUAGUGUGUAGUAGUGUUUUCUCUUGUUUUAAUUUGCAUUUUCCUGAUCAAUAAUGAUGGUGUGGUAGACAGUUGCAUACGUGGGAAAAGUAAUUCUUUCCAUCCCUCUUUGUGCAUCUCUUUGCAAUAUGGCUUUGCUGCUCCUCCUAUUAAGAGGUGAGGUUUAUUUCUCUGCCUCUUGAAAAUGAACGUGGUAUGUGACUUGCUUUGGCCAAUGGAACGUUUACAAACAGGAGCUAAGCAGAAGUCAUAUUUGGGUUUGCCCUCUUUUAGCUGUGGUUAGGCUUUUUAAUUUUUUUUAACAAUAUUGUGUUUUAGGUGAAGGUUUAUACAGCAGUUUAGGUUCUCAUUCAACAAUUUCUACACAGAUUGUUCAGUGACAUUGGUUACAUCCUUCACAAUGCGUGAACAUUCUCAUUAUGUGGUUAUAUUCUGCAGAGCAAAGUGUGAAGAAGUCUGGGGUAGCUUCCUCAAGGAUGAGAGGCCAUAUGGAGGGAGGUACUCCUUUGAUAUCCAGCACCAACCACCAGACACAUAACUGAGGCCAUCUUAGACCAUCUAGCCCAAGGCAAGCCACCAGAUGGCUGAAGCAGCAUGAGUGACCUCAUGUGAGACAACCAGAAGAACCAUCCAGCUGAGUUGAGCCGAAAUUGCUUAUUCACAGAAUUAUAAGCACAUAUAGCAACUGUUUUAAUCCACUAAGUUUUGGGGUGGUUUUUUAAAAUGUAAUAUUAAAUAACUAACAUGCAAGUUAGUAUCAGAAAUAGGAUGCUACUAUAACAAAAACUUAAAAUGGGGCAUUGACAUUUGGAACUGGGAAGCAAGAAAGAGGCUGUAAAAGGGAUGAGGAAACUGUGGCUGGAAGAGCAGUACAGAAAGUGCUAGUUAGGGUUCAGUAAAGGGCUUCCAGGUCAUGUGGUGGUAGAGCCAUUUCAAAAAUAUUGUCUGUGGUAGCUUGGAAGUUGGAACGUGAACUUAAUGAACUUGUGGGUCUGGCUAAGGAAGAAGACUCUGCAGUCACUGGCCCUACCCACUAAUCCUUCUUGUGAGCAUCUGGUGGAGGCCCAUGGAGAAGUGCCUGUAAGUGGGUGAGAACUCCCCUUGUGUCUGAGGCUCCUGGAAGUUCUCUGCCCUCACACCAGCCCAGAAUGAUCUUUGCUGUAGGUGAGCCAACACUCACAUCUAUCUCUCAUUCCCUAGAAUUCAAGCUAGAUGGCUGUCUGCAACCUCAGCUCUCUGGAUGGGUUCAAGAAAACUUAGUUUUGUUAAUUAUCUAGUUUUUUCUUGUUCCUAGGGUGACAGCAAUGCCUAGCAGCUUUCUGCAUCCAAGGCGGAAGCAAGAAGUUUGGCAACAGGGUUCUUCCUAAAUCCUGCUUCCUAACUGCACUGCUUUUUGUAAUUGUUUAUUGGACUUUCUCCUCCUCUUUUAAAUUCCCUGAGGCCAGAGACCAAACUGUACUUGUUUAGUGUGGCUUACUUUAGGCCUGGCACUGUGCUGAGCAGAAAAUAAGCUUUUGACAUGCUUGUUAAAUGAACACACGAAUUGGUAUUGGGGCAAGUGCUCCCAAGUGGAGUGCGCACGGUCUCAGUGUCAUUGGGCUGCAGGUGUUCUGCCUGACCCGGUCUGUGGACUGCUUUUUACCUACAUGGGGUUGAAGCUACUGCCUCUGAGAUUCAUCACCAUCCAGCAGUCUUUACUCAGAGUGAAGAGAGCACAGUGCCUGCCAUUCAGGAGGAGUUUAAUAAUAGAAAGUUGAUAUUCUUAAGCAUCUGGGUCAGCCUCAGGAUGUGUUCUUGGCCCUGGGGCAGGAUGAAAGAGAUGUGUGUGGAUCAAAGGUUACCUUAGACUGAUUCACCUGUGAAACCUUCAAAGGGUACUUCUGGACUAUGAAUUGGGGGUAAGCUGGGCAUACUGGCAGGAUGGGCCAAUGUAAACUCUGGGUAGUAGGAUUCAGGUAAUACCUGAGCUCUUUGUACUAUUUCAUUUUUUCCCCAAUAAGUAUAAAACUUUGCUGAUCAGAAAAGCCAUUGGUUGGUCCAUGUUAUUAGAUCAGCUGAAGCCACUGGGUCAAAUGCAGCCUGAACCCUGGUUGCUGAUUCCUUGAAAUGGAUGGCAGCACAGGAGUCUGGAGGUGAGAGGGCUGCAGACACAAAGGUGUUUAUCACAGGAGUUUCACACCAGCUUUAUGCAGUGCCAGGCUGGGGGGACAAGCCCUGGAUUUGCAGUCCUGUGUCUCCCACAAGGGGGCAUCUCAGGAACAGACCAUACCCUUCACUGGAGGAGAGGUGGGCCUAAGGGCCAGUCUGCCCAAGCUUUGCCAACUGGUCUCAGAGCCCUUUGGUCACCUGACUACUUCAAAUUUACGUUUUGGUCCUUCCACUCUGAUCCUAUUGUCCUGAUUCCCCAAAACAGCAGAUGCUGGACUACAGGUUCAGAGACUUUAAGAGUCCCAAUCUGUGUUUACCAAAGUCCUGCUCUCUGGACCCCUGAGUCCCAAUGCACAGAUGUCAAUGUAGGGAAAAUCCCAAUCCCUGCCAAUUUCCUAACCAUCCUGAGGCCUUAGGAUGUCUGGAACUGCAGGUUUCUGGUUCUAGGUCCACACCCCAGGAUUUCCAGCUUGGAGGCUCCAGAAAUACCUGACUUUUGAGUUUUGGGACUCCAGCAAUUCUAGGGUUCCUCAAAAGGGGGCAGGUUGGAGCUGUGUUGUCCCCAUGACAGCCAGACCCAGCAAGUGGGAGUUGGGUGCCGCUCCUUUGCUCUCUGGUUGCCUGUUUGAUAUCCUGUCAGGGUGGGGAGUUUCCACAUUGUGGAGGUUGGAUUCCAACUUCAGAGCCUUGUUCCUGGCACAGAGCAGCCUGUGGCUUGUGCUGACCUUGUCCAGUUUACGUCUUCUCAUACCUGUGCUUCCUACAGAUCCUAGAUCACCAAACAGCCUUCUGCUGACUAAAUAUCCCUUGGGGGUUUCUAUUUCCCUCAGGAUAAAAUUCAAAUUCCUUAGCCUGGCGAUUAAGAAUCUUACUCAGGUGACUCCAGUUACCUAUCUGGAAGAAAAUGCGCCUUUGAUUUUCUCCGCCUUUUUCUUCUCCCUCCCAAGUAUCUAGUGCCUUUUCAUCCCUCGGGUUUCAUCUUACAAAUAAUGGUGCAGACCUCAUAUUUGGUGAUGAUCUUCCUUGUGCGGCCAUGUACAGAGCUAGGCUGUCUAUACCUGUUAUUUUUAUUUUUUUCUGUUUCACUUUGCAUUCACUCUGGUUAUACUAAUUGUUAUGGAUGAAAUUGUGUUCCCCAAAGUGCGUGUUAGAAUCCGAAUCCCUAUACCUGUGGAUGUAAGUGCAUUUGGCAAUAGGGUUUUCUUUGUUAUGUUAAUGAGAUAUGUCAGUGUAAAGUGUUUCCUAAACCUAAUCACUAAAAAAAAAUCACUACUGAGUGAUAAAAAGAGCAGACUAGACACAGAAGCAAGUACAAACGGCAAGAUAGACGCCACGUGAAGAUCGCCAAGGAACUGAGGAAAGCUGGGGCUACAGAAGAUGAAAGAGAUAAGCAUCAAAGAGAGACAGAGAGCCUUCCCCUAUAGUACUAAAAAAAACAAAACCAAACCCACUGCCGUGGAGUCGAGAUACCCUGAAUUUGGACUUCUAGCCUCCUAAACUGUGAGAAAAUAAAUAUCUGUUUUUUAAAGCCACCCACCUGUGGCAUUUUUGUUACAGCAGAACUAGGUAACUAAGACAUUGAUUAAAUGAGAGUAUUUCAGUGAAAAGAGCCAGUAAAGGGCCCAGAAUCUGAUUCUUGGCUCUGCUAGUUACGAGUUUUGGGAUAUCAGGCAAAUUCUCUCAUUGAACAACCAGUAGAUUACUGCUCAUCUUAAACAGCUGUAGCCGUCCUUUAGUGAGCUAGUCACGAGACUUCCUUUUGUAGGCACGAUUGCAUCCUUUGCUCCCUUAUCAAUAGGAAACUUGAACCACCACCCAGUAGGUUUGCUGCAGAGUCACUGUUCAUGCCAAGAAUAAAAAGCAGAACUGUCUGAUGAUAAAACAAGAGGAAGAAAGCAGUCAAGGUAGAUGUUGCCCACACGUUAUCUAGGAAACCCACACAUAUGAAUUUUCUCAUGGUUUAUUUGAACAGAAAAUAUUUUUUACUUAAAAUCCAAGACAGAAGGUCCUCCACUGCUGAGCUUGAUUGCCUCUGCACCGUGAGAAGCAGCUCUUUAACAUUUCUCCUGAUGGGUAGGAUUAUAACCACAUGUAUGGUCAAUUUAAAACCAUUUAGGGAUGUUUAAGAAUGAGACAACAAAUAAAUGUUGAAAGAAGUCAGAGUAGUGGUUACCUUGGGAGGUCAAGUCAACUCUGACUCAUGGAGACCCACGAACAGAGUAGAAAUGAUCCAUAGGAUUUUCUUGGCUAUAAUCUUUAAGAUUACAAAAGUCUCUAAUUUUAGAUUCUGAUCCAAGUUAAAGGUG